CCUCAACCCUCCAUCCCCACCUUCCUGAUUCCUUCAUUAUUGUAAAUAUCAUCAAAAUCUAUCAAUAUGGCUACAAGCACUGAUACCUUGGGCCCGGACAAUGUGCUGGCGAUCGCAGCAACAGCUCUUCGCGGAGAUGGAGCUCAGCCGCCCAGCCUCAAGACGCCUUACGAAGCGAUCGCUUUAGUCGGCCACGCGGCUAUGACAGCAGUGGGUUUCCGAUUAGUUGGACUUGGGGAAGAUCAUACGCUAGAGAAUCAAUCCGAGAACCCCUCACUCCCCGCAGAAUGGAACGCCAACCCGGCCUUUGCCUUCCGAUACGCCCACUCACAGUCAUCGAUGCAGUACCUGCUCAAGAUCAGUCGACUUGGAAAUAAUGCUGUCGUCUUCGCCCUGGCCUUAGGCGACGACCGAACUACAUCCUUCGAUCUCCCGGUCAAAGAUUAUGUUUCCGAAUCCGCUCUUCCACUGUCCUCGACUGCAGACCUUCAAGCAGCACUCAGCGAGGCUUUCAUAUCACCAGCGCGCCUCAGGGACCUGAUAGGUCUAUUCAAAAUUAGUGUCAUCCAGAAGUUAGCCCCCGGGCUGUACAAGGAAGGGUACGAAGAUUCCAGCCAAGCGCAGGAGACGGCGCGAGUCAGAGAGCUGGAACCUCCCCCGCGACGCGAUCCUUUGCGAGAUGAUCCCAUGCCGCAACCCGCUCGCCCUUACCCUUUUGACGAUCCUCUAGCGAUGCCGCCCCGACGACCUGUCCCUGCGGGCGACUUUCCCCCACCGGGAUUUGAGGAUGAGUUCGAGAUCCAGAGACCACCUCGAGGAUACCCAGCAGGCAUGGGAGGUAGAAAUCCUUUGAGUAUCGGAGACCGGGAUCUAUACCCUGCGGGACUCGGUCCACACGACCCUUUGCGAGGAGGCAUCGGUCCUGGCCUGGGUGGUGGCGCCGGUGGUGGGAUGCACCCCACCUUCGAUGAUCCCCUCUUUGGGGGCCCUCGAGGCCAAGGCUACGACCCUCAAGCACCUCCGGGCUCGCGAUAUGAUCCUGUAGGACCCGGACAAGGAGCGCCAUUUGGACGGGGGCAGGGGCCAUAUGGAGGACGCGGGUUUGGCGGAGGGUUCGGGGGGUUUGGUGGUGGUGACAUCAUUUAACCGCGCGGCUGAGCCUGGGGUCGGAGUGAAAUCUGCCGACCAUGAGUGCAUGAUGUGAUGACAGAAUGAAUGAUGAUCGAUUAAUCGUAUUUACAUGGUUGACAGAAUGUAUGUAAUUAUGCUAUAAAGAAUCUGACAUAUUUACAUGACUGGCCAAGUCUAAACGAGAG